GAGGAGAUAACCAGCAAGACCGGAGAAGAUAACACCUUUCAUCGAACAGUUGACGACGCCAAGUCUUUGGAGUGCGAACUGUGCAGACACCAUCACCAAUAUCCUGCACCACUACGCCGUCAGACAGAAGUUGACGGUGCUGCCAAGAUCGUAGACUACAUGAUAGAAGUUAUUCAAACAUCAUCAGACAAAGGUGCUGUCGGAACAGCUUUGAGGUCUGUACGACUGAUCGGCGCAAAACAUCGAUCUCUCUUAAAGAAAUAUCGUCGCCCGAUCGAGAAGUUUCGAAGUACCACAAAAGACAGAGACCAGCGCAGUGAUUGUACAUUGAUCAUCAACAUGUUGGACGAGGAAAGUAUCAAGAACUUCACGGAUGAAUCGAGGAUGCCUCAGCAAGACAAGGAGAAUCUGGAAAAUGGCAAAAUUAUCGUAGGGACUGAGGUCAACGAGGUUCAGAACACCACCCGAAACCAAGGAAAAGACCUUGACAAAAAGACUAUAGCCAACGUACAAGAGCUCGACGAAAAAACAUCUGGCUACUUGCCAUCUUGGGCACGUGACAUCUCCAAGCUGCUGAAACCUGAGCAAGAAGCUGACUGGCAAACGCUUAGUCGACGUCUGGGCUACAACAACGACGACAUGCGGAAGUGGGCGCAGCAGCCGGACCCGUUGUACAGCGAUGCUCAACGAGUGGUACACCACACACGAUACAAGGGACGCAACCCUCGCCGUGCUUACCGCCCUUCAAGACAUGGGCCGCGAGGAUGCCGCUGUCAUGGUGGAGAUUGCCAUGAAGAAUACAGGUGGAGUAGGCACUUCGGUGCAAGACGAAACAUUCGAGUACUCCACCCCUCGUGAUAUCUUCAUAAGCUACCCGCCGGGUAGCCAGAACGAGGCGCAGUCGCUAAAGGAACAUCUGGAAAUGGCUGGUUACACCUGCUGGUUGGAUUUAGAGCAUCUGGAAGUAGAAGACGAACUCUUUCAGAAGAUCCAGUCCAGAAUCGAGGAAGUGAAGGUGGUCAUCUGCUGCAUCAACGAAGAUUAUUUUAAAUCUCAUGUAUGCGAAAAGGAGGUGACGAUUUCGGCCCAGCUUGAAAAGCCCAUCAUUCCUUUGCUGUCGGAGGAAACAUCGUGGCCGCCUUCAGGCAAUAUGGGAGCCAUCUUCAACGACAACUUUUACAUUAACUUUUUUCAAAGUCCAGACAAGACGACAGAGUCUUCUGGGUACUGGUCGUCGUCCAUUUUCCAGGAGCUUCUGUGGGAGCUCAUGUGCUUGAAGGAUUUGGUGCGAAACACAGCCUUUGUUCGGCCAGAAUAUAGGUACUGGUGGGACCCAGAGUUGGAAGCGACCAGGGUGGACACACAGGAUGGUAAACCCAAUGAUAAACUUGAGAAGCCCUGUUCCUGUUACUGAUCCCGAUUCUACUAAGGUGACAGUCUCGCCCGACGUGUUCAUCUCCUACCAGUGGGGGAAACAACCACAGGUGAAGAAGCUGUACGAGGCUCUGACGUCACGAGGGUUCACGUGCUGGCUGGACAUCAAGCAGAUGGGUGGAGGAGACUCGUUGUACGACAAGAUAGACGAAGGCAUCCGCGGGUGCCGCGUGGUCGUCUCAUGCGUGACCCGAAAUAUGCUUUGUCGCCAAACUGUCGCCGAGAG